UACAGGUGCAAAGUUAAUCAACAUUACCUGAAAAAUAUCAACAUGAAGGAUCCUCUAACUGGUUGUACUUAUGAUAUAGUCUUCCAAAAUCUAAAGCUUUAUUCCAAAAAUGGGGAAAAUUUUUGCAAGGAACUCAUGGCUGUACUCCAGCAAAGGGCUGACUUGGAAAGCAGCUAUGCUAAAGGCCUACAAAAACUGGCAAGUAAACUUACAAAAGCAUCAGGAAAUGUGAAGCAGAAUUCUAUUUACAAUUCCUGGACCUGCGUUUCACAGGAGAUGAAUGCUAUAGCAGAUCUACAUCGAAAACUGGGUGCUGCAGUUCAGCUCGAAGCAAUUCAGCCUCUGUGUCAAGUUGUUGAGGAUCAUGCAAAGAAAAAGAAACCAUUAGACAGUGCAGUGGCAAAAAUGGCAAAGCUUGUGAACAACAAUUGGAACCAACAAAUCAAGGUCAAGAAGAAACUCAUGAACUGCACCAAGGAACAUGAAGCAAUUUUUCACUUAGUAGAAGACAACAAGCACCUCCUACUGGAAAAAGACAGGCAAAAGUUGCUAACCAAACUGAAGAAAUCAUCGGAGUCACUGACAAAAACAGAUGAUGAGUAUUACCAGCUAAACAUGGCUGGACUUGACACCCGCCUCAAAUGGGAAUCCACACUUGAGCACUGUUAUAAGAGUAUUCAAGAUCUGGAAAAGGAAAGAAUACAACUUUUGUGUAACAUCCUGAAUAAAUACAGUCAACAUGUUUCCAGCUUUGGAGAAACACUUAUUUCAUGUCAGAAACAAAUUCAUGAAGCAAUCAACAAUGUUGAUGCAGAAAAAGACAUACACAGCUUGAUACACGAAACAUCUCUUUUGACAGAAGAAAACAAAUCUGAUUUUCUUCUUGCAGACUAUUAUGAAGAAGACAUUAAAACGGUAAUGGAAUUGGGUCGAAGGAAAUCUUCAAUUGGAAUGAAGGUACAAAGGCUACAGAAUGCCAUAUUAAAAGGAACACGGGACAAAGACGGCUUAGAAAAAAUGAUUAAGAUGUACAGAGAUAACCCUGCGUUUUCAGACAGAAAGACUUUGGAAGAUACUGCAGCCAUACUGGAUGAGACAAACUUAAGGCUGAAUCUCUUAGAAGCCAGUUUAUUCAAACUUACGUGUACCUUAGCUGAUCUUGAAAAGAAGGCAAAGCCUGACCAUCCUGUGAAAAACUGUAUCUCCAAAUGGAAAGAAAAGGAUUGUGAACACAGUACCGUGCAGAUAUCACGGCCUGUGAAAAUGAAAAGGUUGCCACAAAAUAUGAACUUGAUGACAUCUACUACCUCCUUAAGUCAAGCAGACUACCCCAGAGGCUCUCAGCAGCACCUGCAUGGAUCUGUAUCUAACAGCAUGAAACAACUGAGUCUAAAUCUCAGGAAUAGCACUGAAGGAGACAAUGGGGAAGAGGAACUAGAGUUUUCUGCCACGUCAGAUGAAGAAGACUAUGACCAGAGAGACCACAGUGCACAAAGUACUGGGACAAGUGAAUCAAAUAUUGGUACAUGCAAGGCUUUGUAUGAUUAUACGGCUGUAAGGGAUGAUGAGCUCAACUUGAAAGCUGGAGAUUUUCUUAUAAUACAUCAAAAAGAUGAUGAUGGCUGGUGGUACGGAACACUAAAAGAACAGAAAGGUCAUUUUCCAGCGACAUAUGUAGAAGAACUGCCACAUUUCCAGGUCUUAAAAUCAUCUGAAGCUUAAAAAUGGAACUGACAAUGUUUACAGACUUCAGUUUUUGAUGAAAGAAUAAAUUAUCAACAACAUUAGGAAUGAACAGUAUGGGAGUGUUAUUAAGCAAAAAAUCUAAAAGUGACAAAAAUUUAGAGAUACAACAGAUGCUCAUACGAGCAUGCAGAGUUUCAUAUAAAGAAAAAAACACUCUGUUUUUUGCACGUCCUCACAUUCCCAUUAAAAUGAUUCAGCCAGAACUGUUGUAUAUCUACUGUUAGAGAUAAGAACAUCCCACACAUUUAAGUACUUUUUGUAUUAUGAGCCUGCACUGAAAUAUAAUUUGUUUCUGAACAUUAAGACAGUCCAGUUCACAUAUUUGAAGUUUCAUAAAAAAUCCUAUAUUCCAAAUAUUUUAAUUAUACUUUAAAGUCACGGUAUAAUGCAGCAUAUUUAUAGUUUAAUACUAAAUCUGUACAAAUUUUAGAAAACAUCACUGUGUUUAUUGUCUGUUACUUUUAUAUAUAAGGAUCAUAUCACAUCUGAGUGUAAAAUGUAAUUUACUUGCAAAUGCAGGUGUUGGAAAAUGUAGUCUUAGACACAGAAAUUAAUUUAAAAGGACCACAUGUUCUACAUUUAAAUCAGAACUUUAGAAAUAUUACUGUUAGCAGUGUAUAAAAUGACUACAUUUGGAUGACUGGAAUAUUUAUCAUAAUACAAUUAAUGUUUCACUAAAGCUUAACCUAGUUUUGACCAUCAGAUCAA